AUACGGACUAUACCUAUUUGCGCAAAUACUCUUGUGACGGGCGCAGCAGAAAACGAGCUGUCACCAUCCCUCAGUAAUUCGUACGCAAAGAGUCCGCUGAACAAUCUGUCGUCGUGGCGGUCCAAAAUCCCAACGUUCGUCAACCCUCCCAACAGGCGUCUGCCCGCACAACUAGCAACGGGGACGUGGGGUCUCACCUAAAUCGUCUAAGCAGCAUUGAGCAAGCGGACGGCGAAUCUGGUGGGGCACGACUGGAUAGUCACGAAACAAGAGCGGAAAUCAAGCGGUAUCAAUUCGCGUCUGGUAGAGGCGGUCAAUGUCUGGGUCUUCUGGACCACCUGCGUAUAGGGGAACCGGAUCAGAUGUCGCAGAGGGACCCUGCGUCACGAUCAGCCUCACCUCGGAUAUCCAGGUCUCCUCCAGUAGGCACGAGUACUUCACCGAAUUCGCAUCUGACCGAUCCUCGAAGAUCUGGCAAUCUACCAGCCAGCGGCGGGCUAUUGGAGAGUAGUGUUAUUCCCCGAACUAAUGGAGAAUUGACUCAAUCUUUACCCCAGAGGGGCUUUGGCGUGCGUAAUAUCUUGAAUCCGACAGAAACACAGCCAUCGCCGACUGGAACCACUUCCUCAGCAGCAUCAGGACUAUCCAGUGGACAUUCUCUACACCCGAGUCCGAAUCUCCAAGGUUCUACCUACGAAUCUAGUCCGACUUCCUCGCGACCUCCCAUGUUCCAAGGACAUGGGAUUAUGAGCCAGCAGCAGGCAAAUUCAGCCGCUGGUGGAGGUCAACCUCUAGGACAAUCACCAGGCGAUCGAGGCUCGCCUGCUUCCAUCCAGUCUCACCAAUCUCAUCAUUCUCACCAUUCCCAUCAUUCUAUAGGGACCCGACGAAUCCUUACCCCCCGAUCACCUCGCGUCAGCGCUUCAGGCAACAUGCCAUCAUCAAACGCCCCUCAUCAUCACCACUACUAUCCUGGCUCAUCCGUCCAAAAUCGAGGAUAUCCUGCCGAGCCUCCCACACCGGGACAGCAUAUCCAAUCACCCCGAAUUGGCGGACCCCAGCCUUUGGCUCCCCAGUUCGGGAGGGUUCAUCACUCUGGAGUUGGUCCUUCAACUACUCUAGCCCCAUUAACAACGCCACCGCCUCGCCCACUCUCACACCCAAGUGCUAGUAGUCACUACAGCGCCCCAGGACCAGAACCACAUCAGUCGCAAGGUGGCAACGGUCACCAAAUGAGACCUCACUCUUUUGGUCCAAUUCCACCAUAUCAGUCGAUUCCUGGGAGCCGGGGCUUCCCUUCUUCUCUUCCAGCGGAUUCAAGAUGGCCAGGCGUGCUUGGAGGUGGGGGCCAGGGCUCAGGCGCUCGUGGCAUGAUGGGAAUGGAAGGACACGCGGCAAUGAAUGUCGGUGGAGAACCAUUAAUCGUGCCAUUGGAUAUGUAUAACGGCUCGAAACAGGCGGAUGAGAAACGACAACGGAAUGCAGGUGCUUCUGCGAGGUUCCGGGCUAGGAAAAAGGAUAAGGAAUUACAACAAGGAAUGCGGAUACAGGAGCUGGAGAGUCAGAAUCGUGAACUUCUCAAGCGACAACAGGAGGCGGAAAACGAUCGAGAUAGGUAUCGUAGCGACCGAGAUCGACUGCGCGAUAUCGUCUACCGAACCCCCGGAAUCAGCGAUUUCGCAUAUCAGGGACCUCCUAGUCCUAUUUCGACGAGAAGCGGUGGAUCUUUCGCAGAGAGAAGCCCGCUCGGAUCUAAUCCACCUUCGCUACCGAUGCCCUCUUAUGGGUCUACUGAUCCUGUAACGGGCGAGAGAGCGGCACGACGACGUCGAACAGACCCUCAACUAGACUUCGGCCCAUCUUACGGCGGGCCCCAAACCAGUUUGCCAUCGAUGCCACAGUCUACCCACGCUCCUCUAUCGCAACCGGGAACGCCCUCGGCGAUGGCUCGAACUUCACGAUUGCCCCCUCUACGAUUGGAUCAGCCGGCUGGAACGCCGACUACCGGGCCACCUACCUCGAACACUCCUGUGCAAAAUUUCCCGCCAUACAAGCGGGAGCCAUACGAGACUGGUUGGGCAACUCGACCCAGUGCACACGAUCCAAGCCAGCGUUAAGCGCGAUAUCUCUAGCUCGAAAGGUCCUCUCAAUACUCUACUUUCGUUCACGAAGCAAACAAUUUAUCAUAUACAUAUUUUUAAUGUUAACUCCUCGCACUAGCGGCGAUAA